UUUCAGGCCAGGCUUCCUGAGAAAUGUGUGACCAGACUUUUGCUGCUGCGACCUUUGGGCCGUGUGAAAAAUGCCAGGAAGUUGGGCCAUUGCGGAACCUUUACAUCAACACAGAGCAGAUCAACUAUUGCUCACUGUGUGUCGAAAUGAUGGCAACCGAGGGGCUACAGGAGAACGAAACCGUGUCGUCGCUGAGGGACGAGGCAGAGACGCUGAAGGGGAAACUGGAGGAGGAGAGGGCGAAGCUUCAUGAUGUGGAGCUUCACCAGGUGGCUGAGCGAACAGAGGCACUGGGACAGUUCGUGAUGAAGACAAGACGGACCUUAAAAGGCCAUGGAAAUAAAGUGCUGUGCAUGGACUGGUGCCGGGACAAGAGAAGAAUUGUCAGUUCCUCCCAGGAUGGAAAGGUUAUUGUGUGGGAUGCUUUCACAACCAACAAGGAACACGCAGUGACCAUGCCCUGUACCUGGGUGAUGGCUUGUGCCUAUGCUCCAUCAGGCUGUGCUGUUGCAUGUGGUGGCUUGGACAACAAGUGCUCCGUAUACCCUCUGACUUUUGAUAAAAAUGAGAGUAUGGCGGCUAAGAAGAAAUCUGUUGCGAUGCACACAAACUACUUGUCUGCCUGUAGCUUCACUAAUUCAGACAUGCAGAUUCUGACAUCGAGUGGUGAUGGAACCUGUGCACUUUGGGACGUUGAGAGUGGGCAGUUGCUUCAGAGCUUUCAUGGGCAUGGUGCGGAUGUCCUUUGCCUUGACUUGGCCCCAUCUGAGACCGGCCAUACAUUUGUGUCAGGGGGCUGUGAUAAGAAAGCAAUGAUUUGGGACAUGCGCUCUGGUCAGUGUAUCCAGUCCUUUGAGACGCACGAGUCUGAUAUAAACAGUGUUAGAUACUUCCCCAGUGGUGAUGCUUUUGCUUCUGGUUCAGAUGAUGCCACGUGUCGUCUGUAUGAUCUCCGUGCUGACAGAGAAGUAGCUGUCUAUUCAAAGGACAGUAUCAUCUUUGGGGCCUCCAGUGUGGACUUUUCACUCAGUGGUCGCCUCUUGUUCGCAGGUUACAACGAUUAUACCAUCAAUGUGUGGGAUGUAUUGAAAGGAACACGAGUGUCAAUCCUGUUUGGACAUGAGAACCGGGUCAGCACUUUGCGGGUUUCCCCUGAUGGCACUGCUUUCUGCUCAGGAUCGUGGGAUCAUACACUUAGGAUUUGGGCUUAAAGUUUCUUGAACUUGAUCACCCAAUUUUCAAUGAAGAUCCCACUCUAGGAUUUCUUGGUGUUAUUAAUUUGAUGGCUUGACUCCUAGAUCUUGUCUGUUUUAGGAAAUGUGAAAAUAUUUUGGUUUGUGACAUAUAACCAAAUGUGUAAGGACAAUCUAAUUAUUUAAGAAUGCUAGUGGGAGAUUAGAGCAUUAUAAUUUUAGUAUCACCAUUCAAUUCAAUUUACAGCAAACAAAAUGUUUAGAAAUAGUUGCUGCCGUUUCCAAAUGCCAUUCAGUAAUAAGUUCCCCACUUUCUAAUAAUGUUUCUGUUUGUAAACUUUUCUGUAAUUUGCACAUUACAAAAUUUUCAUGCUUCCAUGCAGGUUGGGGGAGUUCAAAACUAAGGGGCAUAUUUUUAAAAUGAGACAAGAAGAAUUAAAAGGGACCUGAGGGGCAACCUUUUCACUCAGAGGGUGGUUUAUAUGUAAAAUGAACUAUCAGAAGAAAUGGUAGAUGCAAAUACAGUUACAACAUUUAAAAGACAUUUGGAUGGGUACAUGAAUAGGAAAGGUUUAGAGGAAUAUGGGCCAAAUGUAGGCAAGCAGGUUAGUUUGGGAAACUUGGUCAACAUGGACAAGUUGGACCGAAGGUUUGUUUCCAUGAUGUACAUCUAUUUGCUUCUUAUUCUGUUUGACGAAAGUUACGUUUCAACAAAACCUCCAAAUCAGAAUGAUUGAUUAAUUGUAUUUUUGUUUUGUGGUUUUCUUUGGUCAAAUUGAUGAUUGCAGUGGGGGGAGAGGCUGUCUAAAGAGUCGUUGCAAAGCAUUGUUUAUGUUCUAUGUUUAAAAAGAACUAUAUGUGAAAAUCUAUGGUGUGAUGAUAUAUGAACUAGAUAAUGAACAGUGUAGAGAAUCUAUUUAACCUAAUUAAUAUGUAUGUAAUAUAUACACUGCAAUUUGAAUUGUGCUGAAUAGGUACACUACUUAUGGGUGGCAAAGUUUCCUUUUGUUUAAAGUUCAGCAUGCCUAUUUUGCCCACAUAAUUUAUGAGCUUUUUUUUUACAGAAUUGUAAAAUAAUAUUUAAUAGCAGAUGUCAAUUCUGGAGUAGAUCUAUAGACAAUGACUAUUUGAAAACUUUACAUAUUGCAGCAGGAGUAAUCUAAGCAUAAGAUGUUUGAAGUCGUAACCUGUAAAAUGCAAUUAAUGUAAUCCAAUGCAGUAGAUUCAAAUGCACUGUGAACUUUUAAAGAUUUCAAUUCACUUGGUGAGAAGUGCAAUACUAUAUUACAAUAAUACUGGGAUCUAGGCAAAAAAGUAAGGCUUUCUGACUCUUUGUAGAGUCCUUGUUAAAGCAUUUCUUUUCUGUAGGACCAGUGCACAGUUUUGGUUUUGUUUACUGUACUUGUUUUGUGUAUAUUUAAACAGUUCUUUUGGUGAAAAUUUGUGUAAAUCUUUUGAAAUGUACCAAAAGUUAAUAAAUGGCACGUAUAAUAUUUUAAAUAA